AUGUCUGGAUUAAAUCCUUUCCGCCAUAAGAAAGCCGUCUCUACUGCUGCUCCCGGAGCCGUUGCUGCGCCAGAAACAGCGUCUUCUUCGUCUUCGCAAACGGCCGCAAGUGACUCCGCAUCCCUCCCCACGGCACAGCCAGGCAACAGACCUCGCGGCCAGGACAAACGGCAGACAGGGCAGGACGAUGACGGCAGACGGCCUGGGCCCGCAGAGGAAUGGCUUGCCGGCCUGGAGGUAGACGUUGCCAGGCAGAAACACGGCCAAACGCAGCAGCACUACGGCUUGUCCAGGCCGCUGUUUGAGAACAGUGAACUCCCCACUUCUCGUUCGGCUUCGAACCCAAAGACCGUUCGCAUCGCUUCUCCCCCGGCAAAACAGAUACCUUCACCCGGCAACAACGACAUCAAUGACGGCGAAGAAGGGUAUUUUGGCUCUAACCUCUCUGAAUAUACGUCUGCUGGGUCAGUGGGGCGACAGAUGUCGGGCCAUCGCCCUUCAACGCCGGGUGUUCAGCCAGCCGAGGAUCCGUUCAAUGCUGCUAUCGGUAGCUCCGGGAGCUCCGGCGAGGACGACGAUGGUGACGAAGAUGACGAGAUAGAACGCCUGAAUGCGCGGGGAAAAGACGGCCUGGGCCUCGGGCUAGGUCCCGUUGCUGAUAUGCCGUCUCUACGAAGGGUGUCGUACCACGGGGAUCUGCGGAGCAAAGGACAGGAGCAGGAUCAUGCUGAAGCCGGAGCUACGAAGAAGAGAGCAACGAUGGACGUCGAUGCGUUUAAGAGGCUGCUACUCACGGGGGAUACGGCUGGGAAUACCAACGAGGGCAGAGAUUUGUCUACUGCCGCCACUACCGCGCAAGAGAACCAGACCAAGCCUGCCGGUGAGAAGAAGCCGCAAAAGCCACCUCCGCCAAAGUCCCGGAGAGGAAAAGCCAUAUCCUCCUCCUCUCGCAGCUCAGAGUCGACUGAAAAGUCUACGGAAGCUACUGGCCCCGUUUCCCCCCAAGCAACAAGCCAGACCAAGUCACCCGCCUCUUCCAUACAUGGAGCUCAACCCCCUUCGCCCCCCGCUCGGCGUCAGGCAGCACAAUCAGAGCCAGUUCCGCCUGCCCAUACUCAGCAUAAAAGACCUCCAACGCCUCCCAUAACACGUCGGCACAGCCAGAUGAAACGGAGCGGUACAAAUACCUCAAGACUAGCCCUACCGCCCGGUUCUACCAAGCCUUUGAAUAGAUCUGCUUCCUUGAACAGUGCUACGCAUCCCAAGACUCCUCCUCCUCCGCCAUCUAGAAGGACCAGAACAGGCAGUACCACAGAUCACGGAUCAACCGCCUCGUCUAUACACGACACUUCAUCAGUUGAUACCCCUAUACAAAAAGCAGAAUCAGAAACCUCCCCACCGCAUAACCCACACCUUCAGGCCCCAAGCCAUACAUAUACCCACAUCCAUCCGCCAACAUCAACAGCAAGACCACAACCUCCCCCACCGCGCCGAACAGCCGGUUCAACCCACUCGUCUCAUUCAACAGAAACAAAUCACGCCUCAUCCACCUCUACUUCCACUAGAAGGCCAUCUUCAAUAUCAACGGAGACAGAAGACCAUCCUAUACCACCGCCUCCUCCGCCUCAUCGCAAAACUAGUCGAGGCAGCAACCCGCCUGAACCAGACAUUUCACCUCCAUCAAACGCAAAUGAUAUACUAGCCAAUCUAUCCCAGCUCCAGCACGACCUCGACGAGUUUCGCGGCCAGUAUGGGGACCGUGACCGUGACCCAAGUACAAAGAAGUGA